CACUAUCUCAACGCAGACAGGAAGGUCGGCAGUGAAUGAACAUCCGACGCACCAAACCACGCACGGCAGUACGCGGUGAAGAAGCAAGGCAAGCAAGCCAUGGCUGGGCGCAUGUGCGAGGCGCUGUACGACCUGCAGGCACAGGCAGCGAACCAGCUGUCCUUUGUCAAAGGCGACAAGAUGGAAAUUCAUUCCUCCGUGGAUGCAAACUGGUACCAUGGCCGGCUGUUGCGCACGGGACAAGUCGGGCUGUUUCCAGUGACCUAUGUGAAGGUGAUGGAUCAAGGUCAGGCACCCGCGCAGCCCGGUCAGACUCAGCCAGCCUAUCAGACACCGCAAUUCCCCCAGCAAGUCCAGACAUCACAGCCACAAAUGCAACAACCACAGCAGCUUCAACAGCAGCAGCAACAACACCUGUUUCAACAGCAACAGCAGCAGCAACAACAACAGCAACAGCUGCUGCAACAACAACAACAACAACAACAACAACAGCAGCAGCAACAGCAGCAACAGGUGCUGCAACAACAACAGCAACAACUCCAGCAGCAGCUUCAACAGCAGCAGCCAACCACAUCGUCCACCAUCCAGUCAGCUGCCAAACCUGCUCUGUUAGACACGCCACCGACGCCGUUGAUGGGCUCUACAGCGUUCAUCGGCACUGCGCCAGCGGUGCAGCCCCAACACCACCAGCAGCUGCUCGAAACUGCAGACCUUGGCGAGCCGGUCCCAAAGAGGGCCAAGCUGAAAGUCGACGAUGUGCAGGGCGCCGUUGUUCCGGAAGUGCCUGAGCUCGACAAGAUGUUUGACCCGGCUCGUCCGUCCACGCCACCACCGCUGCCGUCCAUUGCCUUCCCCAGCAACUGGGAGCCUCAUAUCGAUGCUGGGGGUGUGGACUGUUUCCAACACAAGGGCGCAGAGAAUGCGGUGCUGUACGAGCGACCGGAUGCGCCGUUGACGCGCGUGUUUGUGUUUGAUCUGGAUGAAACGCUCAUCAUCUUCCGCGACCUCAUCACCGCCAAGUUUGCCACCGCUCACAGCAAGGAUUCAGAGCAAGGGCGGCAGCUCGGCAAGACGCUGCAAUCGCUCAUCUUUCACAUGUGCGACCACCACCUGCUGUUCGACAAGCUCAAGGAGGUUGAGUUGACGACGCUCAAGGAACUGUCGCCCCACGACAACAACACCCCACUUGACUCGAGCUUGUUUGAGAGCAGCAUGGAUCCAGCGAACCAAGAGCAGGCAGCACGCGCCUUUCGCUACGUCCGCUCCCUAUACGAUGAGUGUCGGAACAAGGCGAUCAAGCACCUCGAGUACAUGAUCACCCCGCCCGAUCCGCUGGCAACACAUGUGGCCAUUGCGUCCUUCACACAGCCUUCUUCGUCCUCCAGCCUGGCCUUCAAGGCAGGCGACUACAUGCGAGUGACGUCGCAGGAUCCUGGUGGCUGGCUGUUUGCACAUAUGGGGGAUAAGCAGGGCUGGGUGCCCACCAACCACGUCAAGCACGUGUCGAAGGUCAACAAGGAUGACUCCCUGGGUUCUCUGGAGGAACUGCUGCUUGAGGAUCAGCUGUCCACCCUCAGAUCAGCAUUGGCAAACCUCGACAACUACACGGGUGGAUGGCUAUCGGCUGCUCGUCGUGCCCUCAUCGCGCUUGACCGCACGCCCGGGGCGCGCGUUGUGGUGAUGAGUUCAUCCCAGCUCAGUCCCACACUGGCAAAGCUGAUGCUGUUUGACCUCCAUGCAUUCGUUGACGCGGGCAACAUCUACAGCUCCAUCAAACACGACAAAGCACACCUGCUUGGGCAGAUUCGUGAGCGCUUUGGCGAUGACAAGACCUACACCGUCAUCGCCGCAGGGGAGAAAGAGCGGGAGGCCAGCAAGGCCGCCAACAUGCGCUUCCACCACGUGCAGGCGCUGCCUGAUGUGCUUUCGCUCAUGCGUCGCGCAGAGCUGUUGAUUGGCGAAAAGUCGCAAUAAAAUUCAUAAACUUUCACCUGA